AUGGAUACCCUAGAAGCAAUAUCCAACCCUCAGCCCCCACCGUCGGGCGAGCCUACAACUAAGCAAACUCAGCUCUCGAACAGCGACUUUCGCAAACUUCUCCUUACUGCAGGGCCUCGUAAAUCACAAAAGGAUGUUGGGAGUGCUAGCGUUCCUCGCGGGCGUGCUGACCGUAGCAAAACGCACUCUCACAAGCCUCAUCAGAAAGCACGCACCCAUCAUCGCCACGAUCGGCGUCACAGACGGGGUGGAGAUGACAGUGGCAGUGGCGCAGUUGGCGGUGGUGGUGGUGAGGUUGGAGAAGGUGGAGUCAGUGGUGCAGCUCCGAAGUACCGCGACAGAGCGCGUGAGCGUCGAGAAGGCAAGAUCUCCAGCAAUAUGGAAAACCUCGACCCAAAUGCAUCAGAGAAUGGUGGAGAAGGUGCAGAGGAUCGCGAGGACGAGCAUGAUCGCCUUAUGCGGACGGCUGACUACCGUGCCGUCGCUCCCACCUCUAGUGCUUCGCAUGCUGCAGAACGUAGAAGGGCUAUAGAGGAAUCGAAAUACUUUGGUGGUGACAUACAACAUACGCAUUUGGUAAAAGGCUUAGACUAUGUUCUGCUGGAAAAAGUCCGACGUGAAAUUAAGAACAAAGAGAUGGAAGCAGAAGAGGAGUUAGAUGCAGAGCUUGAGAGACCCAUUGGUGAGGGCUCAAGGGAGGUGGUUGAGGUUGGACUGCAUUUCAAGACACGUUUAGCCCAGGGUAUAAUUGAAACCUUGUUUAAAACCAACCAGGGCAAAGUGGAACGGAAUGAGUUCUUUCAGCCUGGUCGAAUGGCCUAUCGGGUGGAAUUGGAAGACGAGAUGGCAGAGUUUGAAGUACCAGCAACUGUGAUUCGGAGUAAGGCGGAUUGUCCAUUAUCGGAUCAAGCUGCGGCUGGAAACUCUGAUUUAACCACCAACGAUAUUGUCAUCAACAAGUUGGCUCAGAUCUUUGCUUACACUCGCGCUGGUAGGAGACAAGCGAAGAAGGCCAAGUCGGCAAAGCAGAAGAUGGGCGGCGUUUCUGAAUACGACAUCCAGCCUAUGCAACCAGAAAGCACAAAGAAGUCUCAACCCAUUUUUGAGGAUGCGCCUACGGAGUACGUACCUACGCGUCGAUCCCACCGGGAUGAUGCAGAAGUGGGUCGAAAUCGGAGUCAUCGACGCGGAGGUGAUGAGACGGAAAGACGGACGCAGCCAAGUGCCACCAGUGGUCGCUACUUUGAGAAGCCUCUGGAGAAGGAGGAUGCGGUGGCGGCGCCACCCGCUAAGGCCUCUCGCUCUGCAACUAAGGACUUCAUUCAACAAAUAGCCUCCAAUUAUCCCACCUCUGCUGUUGCCUCAAAGGCGAAUGAUGAACAGACCCAUUUGGAGCGUUUGUUGAAGAAGUCGGAAAUCUCAGGUUACGAUGAGUGCUAUCCGGGUUUUGCGGAGUCCUAUGACGCCAUGGGUGAUUCAGAUGAGGAGACAGACUUCAGCAAGAUGGAUAUGGGGAACAAGAAAGGUCCGGUAGGAAGGUGGGACUUUGAGACUCAGGAGGAGUAUGGGGAUUACAUGUCAAGUCUGGAGGCGAUGCCGAGGGCCGCCUAUCAGUACGGUGUGAAGAAACCUGAAGGGCGCAAAACGCGUCGACUAGGAGGUGGCGGAGGCCCCGGUGGAAGCCAAAAGAACGAACGCGCUGAAGUCGACCGUCAGCUGCAACAGAUCACCUCCCUCAUCAAUAAGCGCAAACAAAUGGCCCAAGAAGCCGGAGACGCUACCGGAAAGCGAAUCAAGUAUUGA